AUGGCACCAAAAAGGCCCACCAGAGUCGACUCGGGAAGUAUGACGCUCAGCGAGUACUUCAAACUAUCUCAUCAAGAGCGAAUGAGGAUGAAAGAGAGGUUUCCACGCCGACCAAAAUCACCCUCGCCUGGAUCGAAGCCAACAGGAGUGUCAAAAUCGGCCAAGUCGCACUUUGCGARAGCGGAAGAUCAUCUCAACGCUGCACAGAAAAUUAUAGACGUUCUCAGGGAAGAAUCCCAGCGAGUCAAUAACGAAACAUCUUCUGGAAGUGACAGCAACGAAGAUGGUUCAAAUGAGGGUGAUUCAACGAAAGACAGAUCUUCUCAGAAUGGAUCUUCUCAGAACGGAUAUUCUCAGAACGGAUCUUCCAAGGCUGCAUCUUCCAAGGCUUCAUCUUCCAAGGCUUCAUCUUCCAAGGCUUCAUCUUCCAAGGCUUCAUCUUCCAAGGCUUCAUCUUNCAUCUUCCAAGGCUUCAUCUUCCAAGGCUUCAUCUUCCAAGGCUUCAUCUUCCAAAGCUUCAUCUUCCAAGGCUUCAUCUUCCAAGGCUUCAUCUUCCAAAGCUGCAUCUUCCAAGCAUAUGGCAAGGCUGAAAAGGAGCGCAUGGCUAGAAAGGCUGGAGAGGCUGCACCUUCCAAGGCUGGUUCCAGAAAAAAGAGAUCCAAAGUGGACAAAUCGAAGGAUGCUGAAUCCUCCGAAUACGAUUCCUUAUUCGAUGAAGAAUCACCUGUGACAUUGCUGAAGGAGAAUGGUAUCUGCCUAGAAAAUGAACUUCCAAUCAACCCCCAAGGCGUCGAGAACGCGCUUGGUAAGGAGUUCCCUCGGACCAAAAACAUCUCCCCACGCGGCCUAAUCAGCCCGGGACCUCGCUGCUAUAGGAAUGCUGCACUACAGUGUCUGUUCCACGUCCCAGAGUUCUACAAUCUCUUGGGCGCUGUACACAAAGACUGCGUCCGGAUGGCCGAAGAUUGCAUCACCUGCGCUCUGCAACAAAUGAUGGACGCUUACUGGAACGGAGAGCGGGACACGCCCGGUCUGAACCAUUACGGCCCUCUGCUCGACAACGCCUUGGAAACUAUCAUUACUUGGGAUGAGGAUUACCAACGACAUGUCCAAUCCGAUCCGUAUAGUUUCAUGCAAUACCUUCUUCGCUUCAUCGAGUGGGACAGUUACGGCGUGGACCCAGAUAUCAAAAAAUUGGACGAGGCCAACGAGGAAAGUCCAUCUAUCGGGAAGACUUUCAAGGUUGAGUAUGUGACCCGCUGGACAUGCAAGGAGUGCGGCAAGGAACACCUUCCUCCCACAGCCCCUGAGCUGGGCCUUGACGUAGCCGUAUGGAGCAAUCUCAAGGACGGUGCCUCUUUAGAAGAAUACAUCGAGGACCCCUCCUCUGAGCUGUUCGUUGACGUAAAACAGGUCAUAUGCGACAGCGAGAUUUGCCAAGAACUGCAGCAGACCCCUGGAUAUGUAUACCCAGACCAGAUCAGAAACAGGACAAUCGUUCAUGGUCCAGAAAUACUCAUUGUACGUCUAAGACGCUUCACUGGCACUCCUUAUCCGGCCAUUUUCUCGAAGAGAGGAAAGCUUUUAAAAGAAUCAUACACGGAUAGUACCAAGAUCACAAAGGCUAUCGCAUUCAAGACAGAGCUCGAUCUGACCGAGCACUCCGAGUACGAGAAUGACAAUCUCAUCUAUGAUUUGAGAGGAGUGGUGGCACAUAGCGGACCAUCCACUGAUAGGGGACACUACACGGCUGGAGUGUGUCGGCGAAGUCCUGAGGAUACUUAUUCUUGCGUUGACGACACAAAGGUGAGGGUGUCGACGCGAAAGCCGACGCCUCUGGUGCGUCCACCUACAGGGACGCCGUAUAUUCUUAUCUAUAGUAGAAGAUCGACGCAACCGGAGGAGGAUGAGGACGGAGGGGAGGAGGACGGAUCCGAGGAGGAUGGAUCGGAGGAGGAGGAAUCGGAGGUGGACGAGGACGAGGAAGAAUCGGAGGUGGACGAGGACGAGGAGGUUUCAGAGGAGGAAUAG